AUUUAAUUUAUUUUCUUUUUUCUGCGUCUAUGUUUCUAAGGGAACACUUCUGCUUUCCUUCCCUUUUUCCCACCGUUGAGGCACCGGUUCAAAAGCCAAUUCACUUCUCCCUCUCUUCGAGAAGCAUUUUCUCUCCUCCUUUCCGCCAUUGUUUCUCUGCAGAUUCUGGCAGGAAACUCUACAUCUCUGAAAGAGGACGAUAUCUACUCGCUCUAAUUUGACCGAUUAGCAACGGGCUAGCUUGAUAGUUCUGGUGAUACAUAUCAUUAAGAAUUAUGCAGAGGUGUUUGCAUUGAGUUAUGGAGAUACUGAGCUGCAGCAGGAGCAUGUACUUCCUGAGCUUGAUAGUUGGCUCAGUCAGGUAGCUGGCUGAUAAUAAGAGGAUCUGAUCCUUCCAUGUUUUCGUCUCCACUUUGUUGGAUGUAUUGAGCCUAUUUUCUUUAUAAUUGCAUUGACAGCUAGUGGAGCCUUACAAUUGUUCUCAAGAGAUAUGUUCACUGUUUGCAUGACAAUUACAAGCUGGAGGUUAUUGGUUCCUUAAAGCUCUCAAAUUAGAAGUUGGAAUCCAAUAUUUUAAUGUGUCUUUCUUAUCAGCAGAAUGAAGAGAUGGUCUGGUGGUGUUCUCAUUGCAUCCAUGUUUAUGUUGCUGAUCCUAAGAUAUGGUCUCGUGAAAAAUCCUAUUGGAGCAAGUUAUUUGAUGAAUGCUUUCUCCAAUGCGAGUAAUCCUCUUGAAUGGGUCCAAGCUACAGUUCCACCAGCAUAUAAAAAUCCAGUGAAUUCUACUCAAGUGAUUUCUAGUGAUGCCAUAAUGUUCAGUUUGUUUGCUCAGAGAAAUACCUCUAAUGAAGAACAAGAAUCUUUGCACACAUGGAAUCUACUGAAACACUUGAUUGAUCAAGCUCAGCUUUUACCCAAUGGCAUAGAGGCUAUUAAGGAAGCUGGGAAUGCGUGGAACAGCCUUAUGGCUUCAAUUGAAGAGGAAAGACGUGGUUCUACAAAUGAGAGUUUAAAUAGGAGAGCAAAAGAUAAACAGUGUCCUCAUUUUCUUAGCAAAGUGAAUGCCACAUUACUUGAGAGUAGUGGCUUUAAGUUGCAGCUUCCUUGUGGCCUGACUCAGAGUUCAUCCAUAACAAUUAUAGGCAUUCCAAAUGGUCUUCUCGGCAAUUUUCAGAUUGACUUAACCGGGGAAGCACUUCCUGGGGAGCCUGAUCCCCCCAUCAUUUUACAUUACAAUGUUAGGCUGCAUGGUGAUAGGAUAACUGAGGAUCCGGUUAUAGUUCAAAACACCUGGACUGUAGCUCAUGAUUGGGGUGAAGAGGAGCGUUGCCCAUCUCCUACUCCAGAAAAGAAUAAGAAAGUGGAUGAGUUGGAUCAAUGUAAUAAGAUAGUUGGUAGCAAUGCUACUCGGGUGGCUAUCAUGCAUUCAAAAGGUCCAAGGAGGUCUUCAAUGGUUCAGGAGGGAUCUAAAAGGAAAAGAUAUUUUCCCUUUAAGCAAGGUUAUUUAUCAGUUGCAACACUUAGAGUUGGAUCAGAGGGAAUCCAGAUGACAGUUGAUGGAAAGCACAUAACGUCCUUUGCAUAUCGCGAAACCUUGGAACCGUGGCUAGUUAGCGAAGUUAGGAUAUCUAGAGACUUGAAGCUAAUUUCUGUUGUGGCUAGUGGUCUGCCCACAUCAGAGGAUUCAGAACAUACAAUUGAUCUAGAAGCACUAAAAUCAGCUCCUCUGUCUCCUAGAAAACCCCCACAUCUUUUUAUUGGUGUUUUCUCCACAGCAAACAAUUUUAAACGCAGGAUGGCUGUUCGAAGAACUUGGAUGCAGUAUGCUGCUGUUCGGUCAGGAACUGUGGCAGUGCGCUUUUUUGUUGGUUUGCAUAAAAAUCAAUUAGUUAAUGAGGAACUUUGGAAUGAAGCACGAACAUAUGGAGACAUACAGCUGAUGCCUUUUGUUGAUUAUUACAACCUCAUCACCUGGAAAACUUUAGCCAUCUGCAUCUUUGGGACAGAGGUUGCAUCAGCCAAUUAUGUCAUGAAGACAGAUGAUGAUGCAUUUAUUCGAGUGGAUGAAGUAUUAGGUUCGUUAGAAAAGAUCAAAGUGAGUAAAGGCUUGCUUUAUGGACUCAUCAACUCUGAUUCCCAACCUCAUCGGAGUACUGAUAGUAAAUGGUACACUAGCCUUGAGGAAUGGCCCGAAGAGAAAUACCCCCCUUGGGCACACGGUCCGGGUUAUGUGGUCUCCCAUGACAUAGCAAAGGAAGUUUACAAGAGAUAUAAAGAAGGUCAUUUAAAGAUUUUUAAGCUAGAAGAUGUUGCAAUGGGAAUCUGGAUAAACCAGAUGAAAAAGGAGGGAUUAGAAGUUAGAUAUGAAAACAAUGAGAGGAUUUAUAAUGAAGGGUGCAAGGAUGGUUAUAUUGUCGCCCACUACCAAGGUCCCAGAGAGAUGCUUUGUCUGUGGCAGAAACUUCAAGAAGGAAAUGGUGCUAGAUGUUGUGGUGAUAGAUAAAGCAUAUAUAUCGUUUAUGUUAGGGGAACUUGGUGCUUCUCAAGCCGGGAUAGAUUAAUCUUCUAACCAGUUUAUGAGAUUUUUUUCACCAGAUUUUGUCAUACACAUGGAGAAAUUGCAGCGGGGCCUUUUACUUCCUACAGAUUGCGUUGCUGAUGUAUAAUUAUGAUUUAUGAGCAAGGUCAUCACAUCUCAAUGACUUCCUGUAGAUAGCAAUAGCAUUGUAUAGAAUCUAUCUAGUAAUAGGCUAUACACGAAUUACUUGUUUCAGUACCAUCAAUUUUUUUACCAUUA